AUCCAGUUCUAGUCUCGCAUCAUUGUCAAGUUCAAGUUCUGAAGGUUCAUAUCGUUGAGGGAGGCGGCAUCCCGUUUCAUUUCAAAAGUAAAAUGAAAUCUUUCGUUUGUGCAACCGCGUUGGCGUCGAUGCUGGCCGUGGCCAGUUGUGCCCCAUAUGUAAUCUUCCUAGAGGAAGCGCCAGUUCGUGUAGUCCGGUCGGCAAAUGUUGGUCUCGGUGCGUCCGGUAGCGCUGCUAAUGCAGCAGCGCAAUCAUUCAAUCAGGGUGGUGGUUUCCCAGGAUUCGGUUCACAGCUUGGUGGAUCUGCUGCUAAUGCUGGGGCACAAUCAUUCACCCAGGGUGCCGGUUUCGGGGGAUUAGGAGGUUUUGGUGGUCAAAGCGGUUCGGCUGCAAACGCUGGCACUCAAUCUUUCAAUCAGGGAGGAUUCGGAGGUGGUCUGUCAGGAAGUGCUGCCAACGCUGGCUCCCAGUCGUUUACUCAAGGAGGCUUUGGUGGUGGUUCAUCAGGUAGCGCUGCCAAUGCUGGUACUCAGUCGUUCACGCAAGGCGGUGGCUUCCCAGGAUUUGGUGGAGGAUUAAGUGCAUCUUCCGCUAACGCAGGAUCGCAGUCUUUCACUCAAGGAGGAUUGGGUGGUGGCUCUAGUGGAUCGGCAGCCAAUGCUGCCACCCAGACGUUCACUCAAGGAGGACUCGGUGGUGGAAGUUCGGGAAGCGCUGCCAACGCUGCAUCGCAAUCAUUCACCCAAGGAUCAGUUAAAUCCGGGCACGGACACGGUCAUGGUCACGGUCACGGACAUGGCCAUGGUGUUCAAAUUGGAGUUCACUAAGCAGAUGUGUUCACAAAACACAAGGAAACGAUGACAAUUGGUAUCUGUUCUCGGCCAGCGAUAAUUGGAACACGGAAUUGACUGACGAUUCGAGAGUAAAAGGAGUUUAAACAUAAAUCACGUUCGGAUUGAACCGUUACGGGUUCACAAAAUAAAAGCGAUCGCUGUUAGAAAUUUGGCAAUUUUUUCUACAAAAUGAAUGCGCUUUGAAACAAUGGAUGAUUAAUAAAAAUUAUGUAAAUUUAUAAA